AUGGAUUCUCGUCCAUCAUUUAGUAGUGGUCUUACCCAAUUAGCUCCACAAAUAGAAAAACGUGUUACUCUUGAUUCUGAUUCGGUAAAUCUGGGUGAUACUAACAAAGUGCCUGUAGAGAUCCCUGUGGAGAUGGCAGCCAGGACAGUAUGUGAUGUGGCAGUCCCACUCACAGUAAAUAUCACUUCCAGAAUUCAGAAACUGUCAUCUGGAGGAAGAUUUGAACUGAAACAGAACAUGGUGCGGUUGUUGCACUCUAAUCGGCAGUUUACAGAUUUGUCUCAUGAAGAUCCUCGAGUUCAUAUCCAAAACUUCUUAGAGAUUAGCGACACUUAUAGGCCUAAUGGGGGUGGAGGUAAUCAGAACUAUGGAAAUACCUACAACCCAAACUGGAGAAACCAUCUGAACUUCUCAUGGGGUGGAAAUCCGCAAAAUCAACAUCAAGUGCAGACACAAUUCAGACCACAACAAAGCAGGCAGCAGUACAACAAUCAACGCCAAAAUCCAUAUAGACCAAAAAGAGGAAGCCAGUACUAUAACCAGCAUGACAAUCGUAACCAACAAUCAAGUAGUGCAGGAAACAUGAGUAUGGAAGAUAUGCUCAAAAAACUCAUGAAUGAUCAAGGUAAGCUAGCUGCAGAUGUUCGUCAAUAUCAAAUCACUACUCAAAAUUUAAAGAAACAGGUGGGACAACUAGUAAGUGCUCAAAAUUCGCGCUCGCAAGAUGGUUUACCAGGUAACACUGAUCCAAACCUUAAACAAGCAAAUGAUGGCAUUCCAAAAUAUGCCAAAUUUGUCAAAUAUAUUGUGGCCAACAAGAGCAAGUUAGCUGAAUUCAAAACAGUGGCACUCACUGAAGAGUGUAGUUCAAGAAUCUUGAACGAAGUUAAGCUUCCAUCUAAACAAAAAGAUCCAGGUAGUUUCAUAGUAAAAGUAACUAUUGGUAAGUACAGUAAUGCAAGAGGUCUCUGUGAUCUAGGUGCUAGUAUAAACUUGAUGCCUAGAUCGAUACUUAAGAAAUUAGGUCUGGGAGAACUUAAAGCAACCACCAUUUUGUUACAGUUAGCUGAUCGUUCUAUAGCUAGACCUGAUGGUAUCAUUGAAGAUGUGUUAGUUCAAGUGGAAUCCCUUAUCUUUCCUGUUAAUUUUAUUGUAUUAGAUUUUGAGCCUGACCCCGAUGUUCCUUUUAUCUUGGGGCAUCCGUUCUUAGCAAUAGGUGAGGCACUUAUUCAUGUGGAUGCAGGUAGAUUGACUAUGAGAGCAUAUGAAAAAGUGGAGGUGUUCGAUGUAUAUCAGGCACUGAAGUUGCCUGCAGUCUAUGAAGAGUUGUCUGAUAUAACUGUCAUCGAUGAGGAAGUAUCAGCUCAAUGCAUUUUAGCAAAAGAUCCUUUGGAAAGAGUUGUGAUGGGUCAAGAUAUUAAAGAGGAAAUGGAAGCUAAAGAAUUAGCUAGUGUGCUUGAUAUGUCAAAUGUCAGCAUAUGGAAAAAGAAUGUGGAACCUUUGAACAGAGAAUUGGGUCCUUCACCCAAGCCAUCUCUAGAAGAAGCUCCUAACUUGGAGUUGAAGCAAUUGCCAGCAUAUCUCAGAUAUGUUUUUCUUGCAGUGAAUAAUACCUUACAUGUAAUUCUUUCAUCUGUUUAG